GGUUGAAAGUAGUUAUGAAUGGAGCAGUGUUCUCUGUAAGAAGAAGAGGGGGGAAAAAAGGAAAACAAUUCUCAUCUUGAAUUAUUUUUAAAAACAGACUCUAUAGAGCUCGUGUGCAAUGCUUAGGACAUGAUCUAGCCAACUUUAAUACAGCGUGAAGUUUGUUUUGCAAUCAUUUGAAUACGUUUUAUUAAUUAGUGUAUGUUUUUCAAAUGAGAACGGCAAAGAAUUUCCAGUUGGAUGAAAGCGCCAGAGCCAGGUAAAUACUACGCAUAGCAACGUACUCACAAAUUCCAAGCUAAACAGGCGGAAUGGAUUGGAGAACUCGAAAGGCCUGUUCCAUGACACACGAACUGGAAUGAAGAACUCAUCAAGCGGUUACAUGACACUGGAGAGGAAAUAUUGCCAACAGUUUUGGAGAUAGUUCAAUCCUAUAACACAGCUGUUGAUCCACAUACACAUUCAUUGUUAUACCUUAUCAUGUAUUGAUUUAGAAAACAUUUCCUUUACUGAAAUGUGAUUUUAAUUUUAACUAAAAAAUGUUUUUAAAUUGCAAAAUUCGAACAAAAUAUUAAUUGGUAAAAUAUUUUUUGUCAGUCACAAAAUUAUUUUACGUUUAUGCAUUUUGAUUUAUAAUAAAUAUUUAUAUUUAUAAACUGAAGCUAUCAGUGCUAACCUUCAUUUUUUCGAAUGCUAUCUUGUUAAUUUUUGUCGCUGUUGAAGGUCAGAAUUGUUCAGACAUGGACGAACGUCCUACAUUGCAGAAUGGUUACCUUGGUGCCCAACCUUUGUUCAGUGAAUUUGGUCUGUUGGCCAAGUCUCACGCAGAACCAGAGUUUGAGACCAAUGAAAAUGAGUUUGUCAUCAAAUUAAAAGCUAGUCAGCCUGUCAAAAUUACCAGUAAAAUUGUGAGCGAUGAGACUGUAGGAGAUUCACAAGAGCGAGUGUUUAUUCAAACUCGUGGUGAGGACGUGAAUCUGUUGGUCAGCUUGGACAAGCCGGGCUAUCAUCGUCUGCAGAUCUAUGCACUUCCGGCUGCGGACGAUAGCAAACAACUUCCGGGUGUUUUCAACUAUUUGAUACACUGCACUGGCACACCAAGAAAGUCCCGUCUUUUCCCGAAACAGUUCGCUCAGUGGAAAGAUGGCUGCGUUCUACUCGAACCUUUUUCUCUGGCGGGGGACCACAUUAAAGGCGACGUUGUGUUCCGCCUCAUGGUCCCCAACGCCUUAGCGGUGGCAGUUACCAUCGAAGAGAACUGGUUUCAUCUGGACCCAGGAGACAAUGGAAUAUGGACCGGCAGAGUGAAUGAAAUCGAAAGGUUCAAGGGUCGAGGAGUUUAUGCUGUGCUCAAUGCGAACUUCAGCGAAGAAGAUGAGACCAAGUAUUCUUCUUUACUACAGUAUACACUAUAAACUAAUCAAUGAUAGAUAGAUAUUAGGACGGUGUUUUAACCUCCAUAAACAUUGUAAAACUCGCUGUAGAUAAGUGUGUUUUGUUUAUACAUUUUUUAUAAAUAUUCUAUAUAACACAUUGUAUAUUAAGUGUACGUUAACUUACAGUAUUUCAUUGAUAUUAAACGUUUCUUAAAUAAACGAUUCA